GAUGAUGAAGAAAAGAAGGAUGAUAAGAAGGAGGAUAAAGAGGAGGAGGAGGAGGAGGAGAAGGAGGAUGAGCCAAUCGACAGCUGGUCACGAGGAAUCACUCACAUCACUGCCGUUGUCCCCCAUUUCCCGUCUGCCUCCUCCCUUUCAGGUGACCGAUUUCGGCUUUGCCAAGCGCGUCAAGGGCAGGACUUGGACGUUGUGCGGAACCCCCGAGUACCUGGCGCCCGAGAUCAUUCUCAGCAAGGCCGGAAUGGGAUUUUCGGCCAGCCUUCCCCCGAGGCCACCGGACCACAGCAACUAGAGAGUUCGUCUGCCCUCCGUCACCGGUGGCGUCAUAGCGACUGUACCACUCUCGUUGGUUUUUGGGAGUCGGUUUCACAACUUGAUCUGCCUGUCAAGGAGACCAUGAAGAAGAUACUUUUAGGCGACUUCUAG